AUGUAAUAAAUAAGUCAACCUAACCUCUAAAACCUUUUCAAUUUGAAGUCGCAUGUCAGUCCGGUCAAUGAAAAUGUCACAAAAAUAAUUUUUUUGUAUAACUCAUACAUAAGCCUUUAUUUACUGGCCAAUUUCAUCUUCUAUCACGAUAUAACAUCCCAAAAAAGAAAGAUAAAUAUUUAGAAUUAUCUAUUUUUAAGGUUAUGAAUGUUAAGAACGUGACGAACAAAUAAUAUACAUAAUUGAAGAUGUACAGAUUCCACAGAGUUUCAUUUAGAGUUUUUAUUAACAAUGGGUUUCGGCAGUAUUCCCAACAACCCGCUAAGAGGUCUUCUUUUAUUGGUCGACUUUAUGAAAAUUUCAAAGAGGAAAUGUCGAAAAAUAAAGAGAUGAAAGAAUCGUUAAAAAAAUUCCGGGAAGAAGCUCAAAAAUUAGAACAAAGUGAUGCAUUAAAAGCUGCCCGCCAAAAAUUCGAAUCUGUAGAGAAAGAGGCCAGUAAAGGUAGUGAAGUAUUUAAAGACAGUUUAGGCUCUGUUAAACAGAAACUUAAAGGAGUAAUAGACGAAGCUAGUAAAUCUGAUUUUGCUAAAAAAGCAGGAAAGUUUACUGAAGAAGUUGGUAAAACUACUCACAAAUUAAGUGAAACAGCUCAAGAAAUCAGUAAAACUGGGGCAUUUCAAAGUAUAUCUCAAGCAACUAGAGCUGUUAAACAGGAAAUAGACAAUACCAGUAUAGAAGGUAGAGUAUAUGUCAGCCCCAAAAAGUUGAGAAAACGAACUGAAACUAGUGCAGUGAUACAUCAGAAAUAUUAUGAACCCAAUACAGAUGCUACUGGAAUAGAACUCCACAAAGACUCAAAAUUCUAUGAAUCAUGGCAAAACUUUAAAGAAAAUAAUCCCUAUGUACACAAAGUUAUGGAUUGGAAAUUAAAAUAUGAUGAAAGUGAAAAUCCAAUUAUACGUGCUUCGAGGAUGCUAACAGAAAAAGUUGGCGAUAUCAUGGGAGGACUGUUCCAAAAAACUGAACUGUCUGAGACUUUGACAGAAAUUUGUAAGAUAGAUCCAACAUUCGAUACAAAACGAUUUUUAAAACAAUGCGAGACUGAUAUAAUUCCAAAUAUUCUUGAAGCCAUGACAAGAGGAGAUUUAGAAAUCUUGAAAGAUUGGUGCCAUGAGGGCCCCUUCAAUCUCUUUGCAGUACCUAUCAAAGAAGCAUAUAAAAAGGGAUAUAGAAUUGAAUCAAAAAUACUUGAUAUUGAUCAUGUAGAUUUAGUGAUGGGUAAAGUAAUGGAACAGGGACCAGUUUUGAUAAUCUCCUUUACUUCUCAACAAGUAAUGGCAAUUCGAGAUGCAGCUGGUAGCAUAGUUGAAGGUGAUCCAGACAAAGUAAUGAGAGUGAAUUAUGUAUGGGUACUUUGUAGAUCAGCAACAGAGCCUGACCCCAGAGCAGCUUGGAGACUACUAGAUCUAUCUGCCAGCAGUAACGAACAGUUUGUAUAAACUAAGCAAAUAUGUGAUAUGUGACAUUGGAAAAUGUUUGAACUACCUUAUUGUUAUUAAUUUACAAGGAAGAUUCAAAUCAGGGAAGCUGGGUGUAAAUGAAGAUUCAGCAGGAAGUUUACAAUGAAAGGGUACCGAAUAAAAAUUUUGGAAUUUUCAAAUUCAAAUAUUUAUAAUUAAACAAACACACCUUGGUUACAUCAAUUUAUAAGGCAGGGUCUAAAUUCCUUAUAUAUGAUUCUGUUGAAAAUUGUUUACAUUUCUUAUUGUAUAUAAAUGUAUAUAUUUGAGAAAAUCAUUCAAUUUUUUCAAUAAAUACUGUUAAUUUCUCUAUUCAA